AUGUGUCAGCUGGACUCGGUGACGUGGAGUUCUGCUGGAGGCAGUAGUCCUGUCGACUCUGGGUAUGUGUCAGCAGUGGUCAAUGAUGAACUCGAAGUAAUGUGGCCAAGUGAAUCUAGCAGUCUGCCCACUUUGUCCCGCGAGACAUCCUCAUUUGGCACCGACUUCAGCUCGCCAUUCACCAGUGGCGUGUGGCCGGUCGAACCACUCUUCGAUACCUUCGCUUGGGGCAAUGAGCUGAUACCAGAACCGAACCCUCACUCGGGUUGGUGGCCGCUCUUCCAGCCUGUGGAAGAAGGCUAUUUACCAUGGUCUGACACAUACAACCCUUUCGACACGUCAUACGGUUCAUUGGGCCACUCCGCCAACCAGCCUCAGCCAAUCUACGACCCUCGGGCAUUAUCGCCGUCUGUUCAGACCGCACAGCUUGCUGCAGACCUACUGCAGCUCGACGCAGCUAUCAACCCAGCCGACAUCGAGUUGCCAUCAACGAAGAAAGUCGGCAUCAGUCGUACCACAGUCCGCUCGAAGGAGAGGAAAGGACACGAAUGCCCCGACUGUGGCAAAUCUUGCGUCCGCCCAUCGGACUUGCUCCGUCAUAAGCAGGAUAUACACGCUCUUGCUGAACAGUAA